UUUUUCGUUGAAUUUGUUGUCCUGUCAUUUUGACAAUCAGCUGAUCGGUAUGGGAAGGUGUGGUUUGAAUUAUUUAGUGUUCCGGUGCUCCGUUUAAUUUCCUUCCUCCAUCCAUCCAAAAUUUUAGUACAACUUAAGACAAUGGCCAAUAACAUACGUUUAUGGAACCUGACCCAGACCGUGCAACUCCAGACUGACAUCAAAGAAAGCAUAAAGAAAAUAAGCAAUAUCGAUAACCACCUGUAUAUCCAAACAACCAGCAACUGUUUAUACCACGGAAUCGUCCAAACAAGCGAAAAUUCCUCGUCCCUUACCUUGGAUUAUUGCGAAGAUUGGAAAGUCAUAGAUUUAGAUUGCUGUAAGGAUAGUUUAUAUGUGGUAGACAUAGACGGAAACGUGUAUAAAUGUACAAAAAACCUGGAAAAGUGUAGCGAAAUUUGCCUCCUUGAAGACUACCAGUGUUCAAGAGGCCACACCGGCACCAAGUGCAAAAUGAAAGUGAGCAAAAUCGCAGUUGGGGAAUACGGACAAUUGUUUGUAACUGACUGGGGCCACUUGUGGGCAAUGGGGCACAUGCCCCAGAUCGGAAUCAACUCAGACACCCCCAGAAAAGUGAACUUUUUCAACGGGCGGACGGUACACAGCGUCAAUGUCGGUAACGACUUUGCUAUAGCCAUAGUCAGCAAACAAAUGAAGAGCGAUGAUACCGACAGUGAUGAAGAGGAUGUUUUUGUUUCAAACUGCCCCCAGUGUUUAUCAGCCUCACAACUAACCUCGCCUGCGUCACAAACCUCCUUUUCGGACUUGUGCCCCCUUGGCAACAAAAUCCAAGGAAGUUACGACAUUGAAACCACGUCCACAAGUAGCAAAAACGACAGCAGCGUAAGCUCCGACCGUCGACUCGUCCACAGCGACGACGAGGAGGAAAAACACGAUAAGCAAAAAGUCGAAAAAAACAUAAUUUUUCGCAACACUGAAGCAGCCAAAGAAUUCCUAACUCGGCAAAUUUCGCGCAUGUCUUCGGCCGGUGAGGAAUACCUUGUCGAAUGCACCGAAAAACCCACCCGAAUAAUCAAAGAAAAUAUGACCAACGUUGCCAGUUUCGUCUACGAAGGGGUGAAAACAGUUGGUGAUAAAGUGGUUACGUUAUCGCGACAUGUGAGCGGAAGCUCGGAUUGUAACAGCACCAUGGACCCUAAUCCCGACUUGACUGUUCCACGGUCAGCCUCCAAAGACGAUGGGGUUUGUUCGCUGAGUCAAUGCACGUCUGAGAAAGACCUCAGUGAGGGUGAAAUUAAGGAUCGUGUGGCGAAUAUUGUGAAAAGUGGAUCAGAACUUAUCAACUGCGAGGUGUGGACGUGGGGGAAUAUCAUUCACGGCCAGUUAGAUUGCCGACAUUUGGAGCCGAAUGAUUGCUUAAACAAUCCGAUUCGACAGUUUUUGCAUAAAUUUGUCGAGGCGGGUGCGGACAAGCCAACAGGAAUCGGCGACAUAAUCAAACGCGAACGCCCCAUGAUCAUCACCAAGUUAUCAAAUAUCGGCGUCCGCAAAGUGUCCGUUCAAAAUUACCACGCUGCUGUUUUAACACUAGACGGGAGAGCGUACAUUUGGGGCCGAAACGACCACAAUCAAGUCACAAUGGACACUAACAUGGACCAGAGUUCACCAAAAUUGUACAACAUGAGUAAAGACGAGCGCGUUAAAGACGUAGUCUGUGGUGCUUAUUAUACGGCCGUUUUAAACCACAAUUUAAAUUUGAGUUAUUUCGGAAAGGGGGCUAGCAAAUGUGUGGAUUUAUACUGCAUUGAGGGCCAUCAUGAAGUCAAGGAACCAAUCGUGUUGUUUAGAAAUUUAUUAUCGAGCAUGCAAUACACCGUUUUGAAUGUUGGCUCAAGUGGGGAUAAUUUUUUCGCCAAUUUUCUACUAGAAGAGCAGAAGUUUCUGGAGGAGAUGUUGAUAGUACAAAGUACUGUGAUUAAGCCACUACAGAAGAAAAAUAUUAACACGGCUAAUGCGGGCCUGUAUGAGGAUUUGUGUAAGAGUUACAUGGACUUGUGUUAUUUUUGGGCCGCCAAUGUACAGUCGUUGCUCGAGCAUUGCAACGGUUUGAUCUCACUUUGUGAUAUUGUCAUGUUCCGAUAUUUGGACGAGUUUAUCUUCGUCUACAAGAAUUACAUCAGUACAAUAUUUAACGUUAUAAGUAUCGACGGUUUUCUAAACAUAUCAAAAUUAAUCGAAAUAUCACCAAACUUGUACAAGCAGCGACCUGAUAGUUUCACCAAAAAGGAGAAAAACAAUGAGGAAAAUAUCAUUUCGACUUACCUCCUGGCCCCCCUUGACAAACUCGAGACUUACACGACCACCUUCGAUAAUUAUUCGAACCAAUUGUCAUUUGUCCCGAAAUGGUCCGACUUUGUGGACGAACAGUUGCACAAAAAACAGCAAGCUGAGCAAACCCGAGCCUUUUGGUUGAAUUCGGGUAAAGUCGUCGACCAAUUGAAAUCACCCGACCGUCGUUUGAUCCGUGAUAGUCACAAGUACCCGAUCCACCUGCAAAAUGCCAGUCGGUUUAGUUCGCAUUGGUUCGUCCUGUUUUCGGAUCUUUUCGUUCACAUGAACGGCUCCACAGCCCACUUGCACAACCUCACCACCAUUUGGAUUGAGCCUCAGCAGGACGAAACCUCCCAACAGUACCAGAUCUGUCUCAAAAUGCCCGAAGAGACGCUCGUUUUGUGCACGAGUGAACCCGAGGCGAAGAUCGAGUGGUUUCACGCGUUACAGAACGCUAUCAAGGCGGCGAUGAAUAAAAGUGAGGCGUUGCAACCGCCAGUGGUGCGGAAUGGGAGUUACGUUUUCAGGAGUAAUGGGUUUUUUAAGGAUGGGACGUAUACGGGACGAUGGUCCAAUGGGAAGAUGCAAGGGAAUGGGAAGGUGCAAUGGAGCGAUGGGAAGGCGUAUAAUGGGCAGUUCUGCAACAACCAGUUGUGUGGGUAUGGGGUCAUGGAGAUACCUAGUGUUGGGAUAUAUGAAGGCCAGUGGAAAGACAACCAGCAGAACGGCUUCGGCGUCUUCACUUACAACAACACGGACGUCUACAAGGGCCAUUUCAAGGAUGGGCAACCCCAUGGGCAUGGGUUCCUCCGUAAGGGUAAUUUCAUGGCCAAUGCUGCGUCCUUUUACAUCGGCGAUUGGGUAAAUGGCAUGAAGAACGGUUACGGCGUCAUGGACGACAUCGCCAACGGCGAAAAAUACAUUGGUAAUUGGAUGGACAACAAAAAGCACGGCAAUGGGCUAAUUAUCACCUCUGAUGGUAUUUACUACGAAGGGAUUUUCAACCAGGACGUCCUAACAGGCCAAGGCGUGAUGAUCCUCGAAGAUGGUACACGGUACGAAGGCGAGUUCCGGGGCACCGGAAUUUUGUAUGGAAAAGGCACCCUCACGUUACCCUCCGGACAUACCAUUGAGGGUAACUUGAGCGGGCCAUGGGACGAAGGUAUAAAAAUUUCCAAUGGGACGCUUUUCCGAACGUUGGAAAAAACCCCAGCAAAGACAUUCUGUUCUCCCGUCCAUCAAAAAUGGAAAGCUUUGUUCAAACAAUGCCACCAGAUUUUGGGAGUCCCCGAAAAAAACGGCGCAAAGUCACUUGACACCCAAAAAAUUUGGCAAAACGUCGCUGUGUAUUUAUCAAACAGCAAUUCGAUGAAACGAACAAAAAAUGAUAAAAAGUUCCACAAUUCCUUGAAUAAUCUUGAUAUAAUCCCGCCGUUUGGGCGCGAAAAACUCGACCUGGAGACCUACACCGAAGUCAAGAGUUAUUUAUCGAAGGCAUUUGAAAGCAAUUUCCACCCGUUAGGGUCCCUCCUUACCGACUUAUCCGAAGCGUACACCACGACCUACGGUGGACGGGCCCACCCUCUCCUCCUCGGCCACGCAAUAGCCGAGUUACACUACAUUUGUAAAAGACUGUACGAAAUCGUCCGAUUCCUAUUCCCAGCCCUUCCGCCCUACGACAAAGAAUCCCUUGUUGAAAACGAAGAUUCCGAAGAAAUAGUCAAUUACCAGUCCCUACUUUACCCACUUAUUUUGCCCAAAGUCCACCACCCGCUUUUCACUCUCUUCACCUUGAAAAACGAGCAACAGGAACGACAGUACAAACGCACUCUUAUGGAAUGGAACAAACAAUCGGACACCGCAUUAAUGACAUUUCUCUCAGUGGACCAGAAAUUUUUUCAUUCGGAAGACCAACAAAUCGCACAUAUUUUCGAAGACGCGAUUGAGACUUUGCAACAAUUGAAAACGACCUUUUCGCCGACUGAAAAAUUGCUAGUGAUACGGCAGACAGUUGAGAAGAUGACACCAGUGGCCCAGGAACUGUUGGGUGUGAAUUAUGUGUGGAAUAUGGACGACCUUUUUCCGAUUUUUUUAUUUGUGGUGGUGAGGGCGAGAAUACCCGAUUUGGGCUCGGAGCUCGAUUUUGUCGAUAAUUUUAUGGACCCGAGUCUGGAGAGCGGCGAAUUGGGCAUUAUGUACACAACACUAAAAGCCAGUUACCAGCAAAUACUGCAGGAGAAAGUAUCCAGUUAUUAAAUCGUAGAUUUUAUUUUUUUAAUAAAGAGAGAACGUUUUGUGAUACGAUAAUUCUUGUUAUUAUUUUUAUAUAUUUUAUUUUAGGGUUUAUUAAAGUGCAAACAUAUCAUGUAUGUGAAAUAACUUUUUUUGUACCUGAUUUUGUCUCAGUAACUGACAAUCGUGGCGAGAUAAUAGUAAUAAAUAAUUAUGAAACGGAAA